AUGGCUCCGAAGCAACCGAAGAACAAAGCCGCACCCAAGAAGACCGCUGCUCAGCUGGCGGCCGAAGACAAGAAGAGGAGGCAGAGCAACAUGCUUGGGCAGUUGCAGAAUGCCAAGAAGAAGAUCGUUGAGCUGGAGAAGAAAGGUGUCGACCAGGACGAUCCCACCCUGAGGGAUUUGCGAAUCAAGGAACAGUUUGCCGAAGAGUACAAGUCGCUUGGCAACGACAGCCACAAGAAAAGCGAGAUGCUAGACCUUUUCGAGCAGGACAAGACCUGCAAGAAGUGGUCCUCUUGGGUAAGCCAGACCGUGAGCAAGGAAGACACGGAGAAAAGCAAGGGCUUCGACAUCGCCAAGGAGGAAGGCCUGCCGGUCGACAACAAGGUCUUGCUGAAGAUGCUCGAGAAUUUUCCGAGUGACGACAAUUGGGACGAAACAGCCCCCAAGGUCGCCUUCCAGCUCCUAGACAAGGAGACGGAAGCCUCCUCCGGUUCCGUGGUGAAAGCAGAGCCGGGCUUCGCCGACUUCCAGAAGAAGUGCGAAGACUUCGACAAGGCCAGGAAGCUUCUGCAGGGCAAGGAGCAGCUUGUGAAAGACUUGGCUGCACAGUUGAAGUUCAAGGCUUCCAACGACAGCUCCUACCAGGACAAGAGUGAGGAGUUCAACCGCUUCGCAACAAAGCUGUCCGACAAACUUUCAGAAGCAAGGGCUUUGUCCGUGGAAGCCGGUGCCUGUCUGGGGCAGAAGACCAUAGACGACAACGUCCUCAAGCGGUGCAUCGAUCAAUUGCCGAGCUUGGAAGCUGAUGCCGUGACGGUGGCUGCCCACAGCAAAAGGAUCAAGGCGAUGCUCGAGUGA